CCGGGUCUGUGUGUGAGACCUCUGUGCUUGUCUGCUCCCUAUGUGUCUACCCAUUAGUUGUCUGGUCUGGUAAUGAGUGUCUGUUUCACAGGACCUGUGCCUCUUGUCCUUCGUCUUGGCCUGGGUUUGGGUCAGCACUGUAAUGCUCUUGGCUACUGGGUAUAUAUUACUGUGGAAAGCUGCGUGAAAUCAUGGUCAGCGAUCGGCCAAACACCUCUGGAGAAAGUGCAACUGCAGCAGGUAGUCACCUCAAAGCCUGCUGUCUGGCAGAGGGCAUCAACCCUCUCUGGAGGAUUAGCGUGCCUUGAGACAACACAGCGCAGCAUGUGGCCAAGAGCGCAGUCACUCUAGGAGCAGCAGGUGAGAGGAAGACAGGGACAGGGAGAGGAACUUGACCUAUCGGAGUGGCACCACCGUCUGUGGAGGAAUCGUGGGACAGAAAAAUACUUGACAGACACAGACUGAUAAACUGGCAGAGACAGAAAAGGGGGAACACCCACCAUUAGAAGAGUGUCUUGGAUUGUCUUUAAGUUUAAAGUAAAGAUUUCUGACUGGACAAAUGUUACUGGCUGUAUCUCCUCAUUUCGGGGACUGCUUGGGGACAUCUACUUGGGAGCAAGGGAAGGGCAGACUCGACCCUCUUGUUUUAAUGCUGAUUUGAAGCAAUGACAGAUGAGCCAUUUUCAACACUUGGCAGAUAGCAAACGGUUUGAAGAAAAACUAUCAGCAGACUUUUCUUUGUGUUAUUCAUCCAUCUUCUUGAACACCUCUUAAAGCAAUAUUUGGAGACAUUAUCUGCAUUCUGUUUGGCUGUAGGACGCAGGAGUCAACAGACACACAAUGCCCUCCUACCAAAAAGUGAUUACCCCCCACAUCAUCUGCAGGGCUGAAGUCAAAGUGACGGAGGCAAGGAAGAGUGCAGUGAAUGAUGGGAAGACGGAGGCCUCAGAGAGUCUCCCUGUGGAUACAGAGGUGCAGCCUAAACGGACUCCUUUCGCACAGGCUGUGUACGACCUCUCCCAUGUGGAGAAAGUGACCAACGACCUGGCUUUCGUCCCCAGGGUGGGACUCUAUGAGCUAGGAGGAGAGAUUGGCAGCGGGAACUUCUCUAAGGUUAAGAUGGGGGUGCACGACCUGACAAAAGUGAGGGUCGCCAUCAAAAUACUGGACAAAACGUGCCUGGACAAGCGCUCCCAGCGGAUGUUCUCAUCUGAGAUCGCUUGCAUGGAGAAACUGUCGCAUCCCAACAUAGUGCGCCUGUAUGAGGUUGUGGAGACCCUGCAGCGGCUUCAUCUGGUGAUGGAGUACGCAGGCGGAGGAGAGCUCUAUUACCGCAUCAUCAAUAGGGGGCGGCUCCCUGACUUGGAGGGCAAGCUGGUCUUCUCACAGAUCCUGGCAGCAGUCAAUCACAUGCAUGAUAAUAACAUCGUGCACAGGGAUCUGAAAGCAGAGAACAUUUUCUACUCCACCAGUUGCUGCAUCAAAGUGGGGGACUUUGGCUUCAGCACUGAGUGCCAGCCCGACGCUAUCCUGAAAACUUUCUGCGGCUCGCCACACUACUCUGCCCCCGAGCUCUUCAGGGAGAAGUCCUACGUCGGCCGCUACGUAGAUGCGUGGGCUCUGGGUGUGCUUCUGUACUUCAUGGUAACUGGCAGCCUGCCAUUCUCCGCAGCCAACCUUGGCCGUCUGAAGUACUGCAUCCUGCAGGGCUCCUACACCAUCCCCGCGUACGUUCCCAACAGCUGUCAGCACCUCAUCCGAGGCUUGCUAAAGGCCAUCCCGGUCGAGCGCCUCUCUGUGGCUCAGAUGAUGACCAGCGCGUGGCUGAAGGGGAUGGAGUACGCCCAGGCGUACCCUUGCACCUGCCUCACCCCCGCGCACUUGGCCGACCCCACGUGGCAGCUGAGUGUGGAGGAGCACGAGGUGAAAGCAGCGCUGGAGGAGCUGGGCGUCGGGCAGGCGCAGCUGCUGAAUAACUGCGGGCCGGGAGCGGACUCGCGCAGUCCCGUCACGGGGGUAUACCGCAUCCUGCUGCACUGCGCCCAGAAAAGGACAACGGUGAAGGCAGGGGGGUACACUGCGUUUCAGCCCUCAGGCUUCCAGCCGGCCCGACGCUGGUCUGUCCCCACCACGGUGCUGAGGAGGGAGGCACCAUCCAGUGUGUGCUCCAUCCUGUAGAACAGUCCAUGUCUGAGCGGCAGGAAGACAGUAUGAUGACCCACAUCAGCCUAUAUUGUUUCUGGUCUAUGUAUUUCUGUGUAGGUGCAAGGCCCAGGGUUAAAUGGAACAUAAUGGGAUAUUUAUUUUUUUGUUUGUUUGUAUGUUUGCACAAAAAAUGUCACACAGUUUUACCUAUUUUAACCAUGUUUUUCAUUUUCUUUUUUUUAAAGGUACAAUGUGGUUCAGAUUUUUUGUAGAAAAUAAAUGAAUAGCAAUUAUCUAAUAGUCCCCAAUGUUCUGGACCAUGGGGACUAAGAAAUAAGAAAUGAAACAAAAACAUCAGAUGAUAAAAAUACAUAGGAUCUUUACACUGUUGCUUCCUGCAUCUGUAUCAUCAUGGAAGGGCUACAAACAUGAUUGUUUCAGAUUAUUAGGCUACAUAUUGCAUAAUUAUAUGAAUAAUUCACUUCAUCCAAGAUUUUGAUGAAUGAACCAAGAUGACCAAAAGAGUCCAAAAGGGGGCACUGGUGUUCAGAACACGAGCACACUUUGUACAUACAACUGCAUUAGAUGUAUCAUUGUGGUGGCUGGAUGUAUUGCAUCAGUAUGUAUGUAAAUGCUAUAAUAAAAAAUCUCAAUAUA